AUGUCAAAUCUUGAUAAUAAUACUAUUAAUUGUGCUAUUUAUCGAUCAAAUGAUCAAAAGAAACUUUUAACAUGUAGUUCAUUACUACCUAGUUUAGAACGACUAAAAAUUCAAGAUUUAUCUCAUUUACGAAAUAAUAAUGAGCAACAUAUUAAAAAAAACAGGAAAGCUAACAGAACUGAAAUGCCACAAGCAUUAGAUGAAAUAUAA